AAUUAAUACACAUCAAAUCGACCAUCAUCAUGUCUUCUGGACUCACUCGUACUCUCAACAACGGCGUCAAGAUCCCUGCCGUCGGUUUCGGUACCUUCGCCAAUGAAGGCUCCAAGGGCGAGUCUUACAAGGCUGCACUUCACGCACUGAAGACUGGCUACAGACACCUUGACUGCGCCUGGUUCUAUCAGAACGAAGACGAGGUUGGCGCAGCCGUCCGCGAUUUCCUCAAGGAAAACUCAAGUGUCAAGCGCGAGGACAUCUUUGUCUGCACAAAGGUGUGGAACCACCUUCAUGAGCCUGAGGAGGUCAAGUGGUCUUUCCAGAACUCGCUGGACAACCUCGGCCUCGACUACAUUGAUUUGUUCCUUGUCCACUGGCCCAUCGCUGCCGAGAAGGAUGACAAGAACAUGCCCAAGCUGAACGAGAAGGGCCAAUAUGUCAUCAAGGAGGAGUUGACCAAGAACCCCGAGCCCACCUGGAGAGCCAUGGAGGAGAUCUACGCAUCUGGCAAGGCCAAGGCCAUUGGUGUAUCCAACUGGACCGUUGAUGGUUUGAAGCAGCUCCUGUCUUUCGCCAAGGUCAAGCCCACCGUCAACCAGAUCGAGAUUCACCCCUUCCUGCCCAACACCGAGUUGGUCGAUUACUGCUUCUCCCAGGACAUCAUGCCUGCCGCUUACUCGCCUCUCGGUUCCCAGAACCAAGUUCCUUCCACUGGUGAGAAGGUCAACACCAACCCCGUCCUUAACGAGAUCGCCGAGAAGGGUGGGAACUCCCUUGCCCAAGUCCUCAUCGCAUGGGGCUUGAGAAGAGGUUACGUCGUUCUCCCCAAGAGCUCCACCCCCUCAAGAAUCGACAGCAACUUCAAGAGCAUCGAGCUCUCCGACGCCGACUUCGAGGCUGUCAACAAGGUUGCCGAAGGCCGCCACACUCGUUUCGUGAACAUGAAGGACACUUUCGGCUACGACGUUUGGCCUCAAGAGUCCUCGUAAGCGAAUUGAUUGAUCUGAUGACCGAGGAUCAAUUGAACCUGAAUCGAAUUUUCGACGUCCUGGUGACGGAAGGCGGAGUUUCAUUGGCGAAAACAACAAAAGUUUGUUCGACCUAUGGCGAUCGGUAGCUGGUCCUACCAAAGACCGGCGAUGCGGAGAGAUGUUUCCAUGAAAGAGUUACCUACUGUUGAUACCAAUACGAUUGCACGUUUUUCUUCUUC